GUGCUGCCCAGCAGCUGUAGGACUACGCUGUGCAAUCGGCUGUGGGCCUUAUUUAUCAGCUCCCAGCGGUGACAGCAGUAGCAGCAGUCUGAGUGCAGAGGACAGGCCUGUAAACAAAGCAGACAGACAAACAGACAGGUUCCAUGAGCAUGGCACUUGGGGGCUUGUGUAUGGGAGGGGGGCCUUCUGUCCUCCUCUUCUAGGGGGACCGUCACCCCUUCCAGUCCGGACACAUCUCCCAGCAUCAUGCAGCAGGGGAGCUCGGAGCUCUGGGAGCAGCAGCCCAUGUCAGUGAGCCCCAGGAGUCUGAUCCUCAGCAGAAGGGAGGUGGACAGGAGAGCAGCUCUUCUCUUCCAGCUGCUCCUCAGCUCCUGAUCGCCUCUUUUCCCCUCCUCCCCCCUCUCAUCCUCAUCCUCGGCUCUUCUCUUCUUCAUCCCUACAUCCCCAGCCCUUGUCAGUGGCCAGGAAUCGCUCAUGGAGUCUGUGGGCAAGUUUGAGUUUAGUCGGAAAGACCUGAUCGGUCAUGGAGCUUUUGCUGUGGUCUUCAAAGGCAGACACAAAGAGAAGCAGGACCUGGAGGUUGCAGUAAAAUGCAUCAAUAAGAAAAACCUGGCCAAAUCUCAGACCCUUUUAGGAAAGGAAAUCAAAAUCCUGAAGGAGCUGAAACAUGAAAACAUUGUCGCCUUAUAUGAUUUCCAGGAAUUGGCCAGUUCCGUUUAUCUGGUCAUGGAGUAUUGCAAUGGCGGAGACCUGGCUGAUUACCUCCACACAAUGCGGACCUUGAGCGAAGACACCAUUCGACUAUUUCUCCAGCAAAUUGCGGGAGCCAUGAAAAUGCUGCACAGCAAGGGAAUUAUUCACCGAGACCUGAAGCCUCAGAACAUCCUUCUUUCAUGUACUGGAGGACGUAGGUCCAACCCCAACAAUAUCCGCAUUAAGAUAGCUGAUUUUGGAUUUGCAAGAUACCUGCAAAACAACAUGAUGGCUGCAACUCUUUGUGGAUCUCCCAUGUACAUGGCACCUGAGGUUAUUAUGUCCCAGCACUAUGAUGCCAAAGCUGACUUGUGGAGCAUCGGUACCAUCAUCUAUCAGUGCCUGACUGGCAAGGCUCCCUUCCAGGCCAGCAGCCCGCAGGACCUUCGUCUCUUUUAUGAGAAAAACAAGACCCUCACUCCCAACAUCCCGCGAGAAACGUCAAGUUAUUUAAAGCAGCUGCUUUUGGGACUUCUGCAGAGGAACCAGAAGGACAGAAUGGACUUUGAUGAAUUCUUCCAUCAUUCGUUUUUGGAUGCAGGCUCCUCCAUGAAGAAAUCUGCACCUGUGCCAAUGCCCUCUUAUCCCAGUUCAGGGUCUGGAAGCUCUUGCAGCAGUUCUUCCACAUCACACUUGGCAUCUCCCCCACAGUCACUUGGAGAAAUGCAACAGCUACAGGAGAAAACGCUGGUUUCUCCCAUGCCCGACUCUCCUGGCUUUCUUCAGGGUUUAAAGGAGUCUGGUGGAAGCAGCAGCAAAAACUCAUCUUGUGACACAGACGAUUUUGUUAUGGUGCCUGCACAGUUUCCUGGAUCUCAAGGUGAUAUUGCUGAAGCUACUACAAGCAAGCCUAUCCAGGAUACUUUAAUGUGUAGUGGUUCUCUGCUGACAUCAACGGGCCAGGAGAGCCACGCUCGAACGCCUUCCCCUACACCACUCUAUAGCUGCUCUCCCAGCCCAUCAAGACUGUCUCAGACAUCAGGAAGUAGGUAUGGGCAGUCAGUGCCCAUUCCAGUCCCAACUCAAAUUGACAAUUAUCGGAGGAUAGAGCAGAAUCUGCAGUCACCCACCCAGCACACCCCCCCUCAGAAAUUGAUUCCUUUCAGAUCUGGCAUGGUGAGAAAGUCCAGCAGUGCCAACCCAAUCAAUAUCAUGAGAGCUGGGAAUUCUCCUCCAUUCCCUGUAGAGUACAGCACUGCACCAGCUAGGAGGCUUUCGUUUGGAGGGGCAAAGCCGUACAUUCCCUCUCCACAGGUGGGGACUAUACCUGAACAACCUGUGCAAGAUUUUAGCUGCAGUCCUGGAGGAGCAGAACACAGAAACAGGAGUCCUGUUUAUGGCAUUCCGACACAGAGCUCCUGUGGAAUGGGAUCUCGUCAUAGCGCUCCUAACUUGUCAGAUUUGCAGCCAUGCCGGCAGAAAAUCAAGAAACAGCUUUCAGAUCCCAUAAUGCCCAAAGACACCCACACACCUCAAUGUUCCCCCCAACAGAUCCACAAUCUGCAGCCUGCCCGAUCUCUUAGGUCCUCCCCCAAGUUGUCCGAGUUCAUGCAGAGAAGCCCCCUUCCUACUAUACUGGGGUCACCAACAAAGAGUAUAUCACCAUUUGAGUUUCCCAAGCCAGGCAGCUCCCAAAACUUGCUAACUCUUCUAACUCAGCAAGGGAUGAUGGUUCCUCCAACCAGGAACAAGACUCUCCCAGACUUGAAGAAUGCUGUUCAUUACCAGUACCAGCAACCUGGUCUGGGUCUACGUCCUGUGGAAGAAGGGAAAGGUCCUUUUGGCAGGUCUCUUAGCACCGGCAGACUCACAGACCUCCUACUUAAAGCAGCAUUUGGAACCCAAGCUACUGAGAUUGGCAGCACAGACAGCCUCAAUGCAGAGAAACCCAUGGAAAUAGCAGCACCUUUAAUUGGCUAUGGAGGAAAUUUUCCCAGUGGGGCACAGGGCUCUCUCAGUCCAGCUCCUGUCAUCUUCACUGUGGGUUCUCCCUCUGAUGGCACAGCUACUACCCAAGCAGCCCGAACCCGGCUCUUCUCAGUUGGAUCUUCAAGUUCUCAAAGCUCAGCUGGCUCAUACACUGGCAGACAUGUUGUGGUUGGCGCAGGAGGUGAGACCUUUGAAGCUCCCUCCAGCCUCAGGUACACAUUUCCAGAAGCCACUACAGCAAAUGCUGAAGGAGUUGUGAUGUUUGAAGUUCCCGAGCUUCCUGAGGAGACGCUCAUGGAGCAAGAGCACACGGACACCCUCCGCAGCUUACGGUUCAGUCUGGCCUUUGCUCAUUCAGUCAUGGAGAUUGCCAGCCUCAAGGGAAGCUCUGUGGAUACCAGUGCAUCUGUCACAUCUGAGUACCAGAUGCAAGAGAGUGUCGUGGCCGAUCAGAUCAGCCUUCUAAGCAGAGAGUGGAGUUAUGCGGAACAGCUAGUUCUUUAUCUGAAAGCAGCAGAGCUUCUCUCGAAUGGGCUACAAACUGCCAUGGAGCAAGUCAAGACUGGUAAACUGUGUCUCUCGUCCACGGUUAAACAGGUGGUGAAGAAGUUGAAUGAACUGUAUAAAUCUAGUGUGUCCUCAUGUCACUGUCUUAACAUACGGCUCCAGAGGUUCUUUGCUGACAAACAGAAGUUGAUGGAUCGAAUCAACAGCAUCACAGCUGAGAAGCUUAUCUUCAGCUACACUGUCCAAAUGGUACAGUCGGCAGCUCUGGAUGAAAUGUUUAACCACAGGGAAGACUGUGUACAGAGGUAUCAUAAAGCUUUACUUCUGAUGGAUGGAUUGGUCAACUUCAUGACAGAUCAAGCAGAUGUGGACAACAUCAGCAAAUGUAAAUUUUGCAUAGAACGCCGACUAUAUGCGCUUCAAGGCAGCAUUUGCGCAUAAAGCUUUGUCUCCACCAUCUUCAAAUCUGCAUUUAUGGCUUACUCUAUAAAAAAACAUUGCAAGCACUGUGGCAGAGCUUCAGGUUUAUUCUAUUCUUCAGGCUCUUCACUAGCAUCAGACAAGGUGCAGAUUGUCCAGCGUCUAAAAUAGUGUGGCUCUCUAUCAAGUUGCAAAUUCCCUUCAACUGCUGUAAGAAUCUGAAACAUUGGAACUCUUCAUGAAUCUGAGUUAUGGAUCGUUUGCAUUACUAUGGCUAGAAUAGCCAUAAAGUUGUAAAAUGUUACUAUGCCACGAAAGUAGGACAUCUUUCCUACUGAACAGGAUAUGCAAAGUUCUGCAAUGCAACACGGUGUGUUAUUCCAGUCUGAUUCAUAUGGGUGUAUAGCCUGGUAGGCAGACUGUGAUGGAUCUUUACCUGGACCUGAAUUCAGAUGGUCUGCCAGGAGUAUAUUUCUCCCUCUGCACCACUGUGUAUGCUCCUUUAUCGUCAGCUGGUACUGAACGUUUAUAGUGCAGAGGUAUAUGUAAAUCUAUAUGUAAGUAGCUUGCACCUUGCUUUUAUUAUACUUCCUGCAGACAUCACUUUAAAUGUUUAUUUGCACAAUUCAGGAUUAGUGAAACUACUUUCUAGUGCUGUUGGUUGGAUCUACGUCCUUGUUCUCAUUUAUUAAGCACUAAUACAAUGUCUGAAUGAGGAGGACAAUAUUUGUACUGCACAAAGCUGAUCACAAACCAAUUGGGAAAUCCUCAAAAUGCUUGGCAAGUCUUGGAACUACAAAGAAUUUGCACAGAGUGAAAUCUUUCACAGACUUUAUAUCAUCCCAGCUACUGGCAAAGACUAUAUAUCUUAGGAUUUUUCCCAUAAUAAUACAUCUUUCUCUAUACAUGGCUAUAAAUCCUCUACCAGCCCCCUCUGGGCUUUUGUGUAAAUCGUGUGUAGAGUUUACUAAAACUAUUGGGGAGGUAUGCAACUGGUAAAUUUAUCCUGAAGAAUGAACUUUCUUGAAGAAAAAGAAACAAAUACAGAAGGAUCUGCUGAUCGCACAAGCAGAUGUUUCCAUUGGACAUUGUGCAGUGUUGAUGAAUAUCAGUUUGCUGCAUGUUCUUUUGAAAAAUAUAUAUACCUUGCACUUUAUUCCCAACCAAGCUUUGAGAACGGCAACCAAAACAAAGAAGGUGUGACCCCAAUAACGGCUGCGUGUAAUGGUGGGCUGUGCUAUCAGAGACUCGGAGGAAAGGUUACUAUUGGCCAAGGUUACUUCUGGUCUCAUUUCCUUUUUGUACUACACUACCAGUGUAUAUACUAUAGUGUACAUAAAGAUAUAUGUAUAUAAUGUAGAUUUUCUUGGACUGUAACUAGCAGUAAGUAUGGCUAAUCCCACAUUUGUCGCCGCUUUGUCUUCCUAUCAGCAAAAUGUUUGCUACAUUUUGUCAUCCCAAAUUGAUCCAUUUCUGUUCGCCAUGGAAUGAAUUAAUUUAACAAGAGCUGCCAUUCUUUUUUGUGUACCUGGACCUGUCUGACAACUGUCCUCGAAAGGUAGCUUUAGGUUCUGGCAUAUGGGACAGAGGACUGUAUCAUUCAUAGAAUAUACAUUUCAACAGAAAAAUUCCACGUGAAUUUAUUAAAGACUGACUUCUGUUUUUAUUCACUUUUUGGCCAUAAUACGUAAUCUGAAAAAAAAAUGAUAGUAAAUGCUGGCACAGACAAUAUUCUUGUAGUGGCCGCCAUUGGACCUACAUGGAGCUGCUACAAUGUAAUAAGGACUGCUAAGAUCCAGAAGUAUUAUGCCAUAACUCCUGGUUUACAGGUCUUGUUUUAGCAGUUGGUCAUAUUCAGGCAGUAGAUUGCUUAUUUUUUUCUGUUGGGUUUGUAUCACCUUGUGUUGUCAUACAUCUUUCUUGGGUAGUAAACAAUGGUAAGAUUUAUAGUAUUUUCACGGUGUUACCUCAGAUGGAGGCCGUGGGGGUCAUCAGGAGGACCCAAAACACAUGAGUACCUGUUUGAUGCAGUGUUGCAGCCAUGAUCUGGACGCUGGCCACAUCCUAUGUGUCUUUCAUAAGCAAUGGGUCAUUGAGCAUUGUGUGCAAUAACUUUGUUACAUAUGGAAUUCACAAAUGAUUGCUAUGUGCAACAAGAAAAUCAGUAGUUUGAUGUUCAUAAUGCUGGAAAUGUUGAGCUGAGCAUAAAGUUGUUGAAAAAUUGUACUUGGAAUAAGCAAAAGGAAGCUGUGAGCUUUUGUCAACAAUAUGGCAGUCUGGUAUGGCCAGCUUAAACGUUUAUUUUCAACCACUUAUAUAGCAUGAUCAUGCACCACUGCAUUUAAUUUUUUUGUCUCGAUACUUGAAUUUUUAUUUAAUGUUUUUGGUCAAUAAGCAUUAAACCCUUCAAUGCCCAAAUAGACUCAUUAAGGGUCGGCUUUCCAAAGGGAAAGCAGGUUUUCUCUGUACUAUCAUGACUUCAGGCCACAAGGGUUAUGUAGCGAUAUUUUAUUUGCCAUUACCUGGAUUGCAUUUUUCUCAAGUUUUUAUGUUGUCUGUUUCUUAAGAUUUGGUAUUUAUUGUGUGUUAGCCAAAAAAAA